CUACGGCAGGAGGUAUUGUGGUGAGUUAUUGCGCUCCGGAGCAGAAGCACCGUUAGUGAGGAUGCAGUGAAAGUAGCUGUUCUGCUUUUUUUUUCUUCUUUUUUUUUUCUAAAAAGAAACAGGUCGGUGUGAACGCGUUGUUUGGAACAGAGAGCUCAUCUUGAGCGUCCUUCCAUCUCCUUUCGUUUGAUGAAUGCACCCCCACUGUCGACCUGCUGGGGGCCUUAAAGUGGAGCAGCACCCGGCUUUUAUGAAUGGGAUGCUCGGUUUCCAGACUGACUGGAAGUAAGGAGCAUCAAGAUUCACUCCAAGGUCUCUAGCAAGAUUCCCUUGAAGAUUUGGGUGCCUUGUUUGUAAGCCGACUACCUCUUUGCACAAAACAAAACGCCUAAUCAGCCACCAUGCCAAUCUUAAAACAGCUAGUGGCGUCCUCCCAGACCAAGCGUCGCUCACGCAUGGACCUGACCAGGGAGAUGAUCAGUGCUCCUCUGGGCGACUUUCGCCACACCAUGCAUGUCGGCCGCAGCGGCGAUGCCUUUGGAGACACCUCCUUCCUCAGCACACGCUCAGGGGAGCCUCCGCCUGACAACACGUCCUUCCCGCGCUCUCCUCGACCUGGUCUGUUGUCGCGCACCUUCAGGAGCAGCAAGCGCUCCCAGUCAGUGACCAGAGUGGAUGAGCAGAGAGAUAACUCCCUGGUGCUCUCUGGAGGCUCACCCGGCUAUGUCAAAAACGCCAUGUCUUUGCCUUUUCUUAAUGAUGACGACAGAGGGGACGGUAUGGUGGCAAAAAGUUUGUCUUCAAGUCCAUUAAAGCAGCACGGGGACUUGGACGGGAGGGGCGCAGCUGCAGCCACUCACUUCCUAGAGCUGGAAGAACGAAGCUUUGGUGAGCUGACGGAGCUGCCAGAGAGCUCCCAUCACUACGGAGGAGGAAUGAAGCACGCCGAGUCGGUUAUGUCCUUCCACGUUGACCUGGGACCCUCCAUGCUGGGCGACAUUCUGGGUGUGAUGGAGAAGGAGGAUGAUGAUCUUGGCUACGAGGAGGGCAAAAGCAGCGAGGGCCGUGCCUCGCCAACCCUCAGCACCCACGGUGAGGAAGAGGAGGACAGCGUAGAGAGGGGGAAAGAUGAGGAUGCAGAAGAGCAGAUGGAGGCAGACGAGGAAGCAGCAGAUCUGGAGGCAUCUGUGCACCCUGCCAGCUCCAUUGAUCUGAGGCCUGAGGACGGAGGGCCUUACACCCCAGAGUACACCCCAGAGUACACUCCAGAGAUACGGCCCAAACACUUGCAGCAUCUAGAUAGCUGCUCCAUGUCCAGCUCUGGCUCUGCAGCUCUGGAUGAGAAACCCAACAGCCAGAUGUAUGCAGGAGAUACAGAUAGCGCCACGUUCAGUGCCCCGCCAGAAGAGGAGAGCAACUUCUCCUCUUUCUUGGAGGAUGAAGACGAUGAGAUCCGUGUAUGAGAGUCCAAAGUUGCAUGAAACGGGGGAGGAAAAAAAAAAAAAGCAGAGGAAGUGGUUUAUGUGAAACUCGCAAAUCCUUUGACACUGCGGAUUUGAACUUGAACAGGAAGAAGACGCAGUGGCUGGGUACUGUGGGGAUGGGAUUGUGAAGAAGAUAGAGGACUCUCACUUUAUAGGGCUACAAAGAAAGUGUGACUACUCCUUUAGGACAACCCCAAACUCCAUCUGUCAGGGAGCCUUACCCUCCACUUUCUGUUUGUCUGUCAAUCUGGCUCUCCCUUUUGAACACUGAGGGAACUGACAUGGAAGGGCAGACACUUUUUGAAUAUGGAACAUUCCAGAAGUAAGCAGGGAGUACUGGUUAGAAAGGAACUUUUGUAGGAAAAACACUUUCCACAACUAAAACUCCGUUCACCCUUUCUCUCUCUCUCUCUCUCUUCUCACUUGACGUGUCACAUGUGCUUUUUUCGUUCGGUUCGCCUCUAUUCUCGCUGUGCUUUCUGUCUCUGGCUGUGGGACAUCAUGAGGCCUGAGCCGAACAGAAGGCCUCUGUCACAACAGGAUCAGUGGUGGGUAUCUUGUCACAAUAAAGGGAGCUGUGUUUGUCAUUGGAGUCUGAGGCCCUGCAUUAAGCCUCUUUCAUCUGAAAAUAUUUUAGCAGUGCCAUAGAUCUAUCAGAUUUUUUUUUUCUCCCUUAUUCUCACUUAUGUAACUCAGGGUCCUGGUGACGCUGCCAUUUCCUGCUGUAAAUCUGGACCACAGAGCCCAAACCAAAAAUUCUCCUCUGUUUUUAAUUCACUGAGCGCCACACAGGCUUAGACUCAGUAAAUUAGAGAGAGGCAGGGUUGUAAAGCUAAUGGAGAUGCAUUGGGCUGGAUUAGCAUAGAGCAUGGUGUUACUACAGGAAACCAGAGGUGUAAAGAGUAGCGUGUGGCACACUAAACAUUGUGUUAUGUGUUUUCCAACGAACAGAUUCCGUUUUUUUUCCCCAUCAGAUUUAUAUUAACUUACACAAACUGGCCACCUUCCUUCUACUUAUCUGUGAUUUCAAGUUGAAACUGAGAAGAGUUUGAUAACCACUUCCUUCCUUGUUUUCUUUUUUGUACAUCCGAGCAACUGCAGUUGUGCAACUGAACUGUGUAAAAGAUGUUGAUAGUCAUUUGUCAAGGGGCUGCCUUAAACAGUUUCACCACUACAUACGGUAUGUGUAGAGCUUUAGAGUGUGUAUGAUUGGAAAUCAAAUGUACCGGCAGGCCCAGUUAAACCAGACACUACUCGUAUGUGUGUUUAAUACCUGUUGUUGUCUUUUCUUUAUCUUUACAAAAAAAGAAGAAAAAAAAUCCCUGCCAUGUUUCUGUUGUAUCUGUUUGAAGAGUGGAUGAGAAAGGAAAAAAUGGCCAGCAAUAGCUGCAAGAGCAUUAAGAAAAGUGCAAGUUGCACAGUCAUUGCAGCUCGACUAUGUCUCUUGCAUCAUUAAAAAGCCAUGGCCAGAAGUAUUGAAGGCUUACUUGCGCUGAUUGAUUUCACUGCCUUAACUGAAACUGACAGAUGUGCCAAAUUAUAAUUUUCUAGCCAAAAAAAAUGUUCAGCAUGUGGAGCUCACUUUUGGGAGAGCCUGUCAAGUACGUCUUCUUUCUUCUUUCUCUAUAGGUAAUCACUGCUGAGUACAAGUUCAGAUUGGAGUUUCAGCUUGGAGGUUUAAGGAGUAAAAAAAAAAAAAAAUCUUGUUCUAAAAAAAAAUAAUAAUGAAUUUGCAUAACUGGAUAUUUAUCCCUUAAACACUACACGAUGCAUUCAGGUAAUUUCAAACGUUAAUUUUGUGUGAAUGAGAAUUUGUGUUUUCUGCAAACUGUUGUUUAUAAUGCCUUACUGUUGUCUUCUUUACUGUAUAUUUACAGCUUCUUUUUCUGUAUUAUCCAAAAUAACCUAUAUUUUUCAAUAAAAGAAAGCCUGAAUAUCUUUA